AUGCACACCAAGACCCCCUCGACUUUCUUCUUCGCGCUGUUCGCCUUCUUGCUGGUCUCUGUUAGUGCUUUACCGAGGGUCCUACGCUCAAACACCACACCGACACAGACUUUACCAUUACCAUCAGAAUCUUUCAGUAUGCAAUCGACCAGUCAAAUCGUGAGCUCAACGGCUGGUCCGACGCCCGAGACACAUCCGACACUGCGCCUUCUCCCCAAUCCUCCCUUGGCAGAUAUCGGGGCGGGCAGUAAAGCAAACAAAGCAGACAAAGCAGACAAAGCCGACCCGACAUCAACUUCGUCAGCGACGCCUAGUGCUACUGUUACUACAUUGGAGAUGACUCCUUCUUUCUUGACGAGUUUGAGGAUAUUUGUAGCCAAUUUUUCACGGCUGAUGGGAGUGGCAUAG